GCUAAGCAUUUAUGUGACAUAGUGGCAAUGAACAUAAUAUUUUUGUGAAUUCAAUAAUAUUUAAAGUUUAAUUUGAAAAAUGUGUUAAUAAAUGCUAAUAUCUUAUUUUACAUAUCAAUAUCUCUAAAAUAUAAAACAUUCAGAAACUUGUUUUAAAAUGGCACAUGUUUUCGGUUUAAUAAUAAGUAUAUCUUUAAUGCUAUCAUUAUGUCGUGGUGAUCUGUUUGUAGUUGAAAAUGUUACGACCACUGGCAGUCCGAGCUCAACAAUGAUCGAUUUGACUGUAAAUCAUGAAAUAGAAUCAACAGAGACAUCAACACCAGUGUUUGAGGCGGAUGAUUUUCCAAAAGACUGUUCUCAAAGGCAAAAACGCAAAACUCUUUAUAAACAGAAAAAUUCCCGAUUAAAAAAAUGUUGUCCCAUAGGCGAGAGUUUAAGCAUGAAUGAAGAAAAUCAAAGCGGAGCAAUGUGUGGGUCAGCGGAUCAACAAUUUACACCACAUCUCAUUAAUGUAACCUUAUUCGACAAUUGUAUUGAAGAUAUGGAGACUGAAUUUAAUCUGCCAUUAGAAAUUGGAAAUCCCUGCAAUACAUCAAUAUUAUACAACGAUAUAGAUGAUUUAUUCUUUGUUAUUCAAGAUGGUUCGUUACUUUUAAUGGAUUUAUAUGCAAAUGAUACAUACACAUUGUACAACAAUUAUUGCGUCGAUAUAAAUAACAUUUCCGGAAUUACAUACGCUAUCGUUUGCAUAACAUCCGUGGAAGAGCAUAUAAGUCGAAGUCAGAUUGUCGUCGUUGCCAUCCUAAUGCUAAUAUCAAUACCUUGUCUGUUAUUGGUUGCUUACCUACAUUGGCGUAUAAAGGAAUUGAGAUCAUUGCACGGAAUGAUACUCAGCUGCAUGUCAGCAUGUUUGGCAACAGGUUACUUUUUGUACUCUCUGGUUCAUAUAUUUAAAUUGGAUGAACGUAAUGCAGGAUACGCUGUGCAAUUCUUUGUAUUAUCUUAUUAUUUUUGGUUUUUUUCAUUAUGCUGUAACGUUUCUUUAAAUAUAUGGAUCCAUAUUCCAUUAAACAAGAAGAAAUCGAUGUUCACAACGAGUUUAUACUUUGGAAUUUAUUGCAUGAUGUCAUUAAUUGGAGCUGUUAUUCUAGUUAUUUGCACAAUUCAAAAGGGACUUCCUGGAAUGCCAUCUUACUUCAUACAGGGAUACACGGAAUCAAUUCGUGAAUCGCAGCGAUAUUUCAUACCACCUGUAUCUACUUUGCUUCUAUUAAGUUUCACAGUAAUGGCUGCUGCUUUCUUUGGUUUUCAAAAACUAAAAACGCGAGGUGUUAUUGUGAAUACGAAUGAUGAAGCCAUCAACAACAACUCCUACAACGAAGAUAUUUUCGAAGAAGUUAAAAAAGACGCAAAAUGUAUAAGUUUGUUAGGAAUAAUACUUAUAUCCACAUGGUUGUUGGAAAUAGUUACGUUCUACUCACCAGGACCUCAGAUUUACCUAAUAUUAAUGGAUAUGAUAAAUGGACUUCAAGGAGUAUUCGUGUUGCUUAUUUUCUUAGUUAUACGAAGAAGGCGAACAAUUAUUUUCAGAUGGUGGAAUGAUAGAGGGUCACACACUAUUGAAAAAAUAGAAUUAAAUUCAAUUUAGAUUUAUAUGUAUUUCUUAUAUUCGUAAUAAAACAUUACAUUCCUUCACCACCUAACAUAA